AUGAGUAUCGACAAAUACAAGGGACGUGUCGCACUGGUUACUGGCGCCAGUGCGGGCAUCGGCGCUGCCACAGCGCAGGCACUGCUGAAAGAAGGACUCACCGUCGUGGGAAUGGCCAGGAGGGUUGACAAGAUCAAGGUACUCGAACUUGAGCUGAAUGGCGCUCCCGGUAAACUUCACGCAAUCGCCGGAGAUGUGAGUGACGAAGGUAGCAUCCUGUCUGUCUUCAAGUGGAUUAAGGACAACCUCGGAGGUGUAGACGUCCUGAUUAACAACGCUGCUACCUUUCCACUCAACGAACCGAUAGAUGGCAAGACAGAAGACUGGAAGAGCAUCCUGGACGUGAACGUGCUGGGUCUGAGCAUCUGCACCAGGGAGGCCGUGCAGGACAUGCUGAGCAGGGGCGUCGACGACGGCUUCAUCAUCCACAUUAACAGCAUCUCAGGACAUGUACCGCCAUACAUUGCUGGAUCGGCGAUGUAUGCUGCCAGCAAGCACGCAGCGAAAGUCUUGCUGGAAGGGCUGAGGAAAGAUCUCAUCGCCAGGAGUAGCCAGAUACGAGUUGGGCAAAUUUCCCCUGGACUGGUGGAUACCGAAGGACUGAGGAAAACGUUGGCACAGCUCGACUUGCCCGAAAAAGUAAAAGAGUCGCCUUUCUUGCGUCCAGGGGACAUUGCUGACGCUGUUGUUUACAUGCUGUCGCGGCAUCCGCGUGUGCAGAGGUUACCCAACUUAAGGCGAGCGGUGUCCGCCGAUGCUUGCCGUGGGGGUGUGUCUGAUGACACAGCUGUUGACUGGCGCGCCGUGGCCAGCCCGCUCAGCUGGGGCGAGUGA